AUGCGCCAACGAUACUGGACGAGCUCGCUCGUCGUCCUGCUGGGGCUGGCCACAGCAUCUACAGCUCGCAAGACCUUCUCCAACUACACCCUCGCCGACUCGCCAAACGCCCUCUUCUCCAUCUACGACGACCGACCGGAUGGUUGCCCCCCAUGCUUCAACUGCAACCUCGAAGACUUCAAGUGCCACCAGUUCGCCGAGUGCAGCAAGGCCAACGGGCGAUGUAACUGUGGGCCUGGAUUUGGAGGAGAAGACUGCUCAGAACCACUGUGUGGCUCGCUGGCCGAUGGCAAAGACAGAGCACCGCGAGGAGGCGAGAAGGAGUGUCAGUGCAAGGAUGGCUGGUCUGGCAUCAACUGCAACGUGUGCAAGACGAACAACGCCUGCAAUGCCAUGAUGCCAGACGGCGAGGGCGGCGUGUGCUACACAGAUGGCCAACUUGUCAAGGAGAACUUCCAGAUGUGCGACAUCACAAACCGGAAGAUCCUCGAUACCUUGAAGGACAAGAAGCCGCAGGCGACCUUUUCUUGCAAUGCUGAGACAGCAGAGUGCAAUUUCCAAUUCUGGGUUGAUCAACGCGAAUCCUUUUACUGCGCCCUCGACACGUGUUCCACCCAAUGGACCGCCGAAUCCGAUCGCAACCUGACCAAGUACAGAUGCGAGAACAUCGAAUGUGCCUGCGUUCCCAACAGAAUGCUCUGCGGAGAAGGCGGCUCGGUGGACAUUGGGGACUUCUUGAAGGACGAAAUCAAGGGCCCUGCUGAGUUUAGAUCGAUUGCUGCUACCAACAGCAAGGACAGCGGGAGCUUCUUCUCGGAGCCCGCUAUGAACGACCUCAUCUCGAGCAUCUUCGGCGAUGAAAGCAUCACUCUCUCCUGCGAUACAGGCGAGUGUCUAUACCAGACCGAGGUUCCUGGCUACGAACGUCCUGUCAAAAAGAUCAACACGCCUUUGAUUGCCAGCGUCAUUGCUGGCUGCGCAUUGUUCAUCGUUGCCGUCAUAUUGGCCAUCUGGUACAUUACCCAUCGAGCGGAGAGCAGGCGAUAUGGAGCCAUCCAUCUUUCAGAUGAUGAGGAGGACGAAAAUGCCAAACUACUGGCCGAUCACAAGCCGGCUGCCCUGUCUUUCGAAAAUGUCGGCUACAACCUCAACGGGAAGCAGAUUCUCUCUGGCAUAACCGGUGCUGUCCAUCCUGGAGAGCUUUUGGCGAUUAUGGGAGCUUCAGGCGCAGGUAAGACCACGUUCCUGGAUAUCCUGGCGCGGAAGAACAAGAUCGGGACUACCAGUGGCGAUUUCUAUCUCAACGGCGAGAAGGUCCGUGACGACGAGUUCCGAAACGUCAUUGGAUUUGUGGACCAAGAAGAUACCCUAUUGCCAACCUUGACCGUCCAUGAGACGAUUCUGGACUCAGCGUUGCUUCGUUUACCCAAGGAGAUGAGCCGCACAUCAAAGGAGCAGAAGGUAGAGGACGUUGAGCGACAGCUCGGCAUCUACCACAUACGCAACCAGAAGAUUGGCUCGGAAGAAAGCGGCCGUGGCAUCUCUGGCGGAGAAAAGCGCCGUGUCGGCAUUGCUUGUGAGCUCGUGACAUCGCCUAGCAUUCUUUACCUGGACGAACCUACGAGCGGACUGGAUGCCUUCAACGCUUUCAAUGUCGUCGAGUGCCUUGUCAACCUCGUCAAGAACUACAACAGAACAGUGGUUGUCACAAUCCACCAGCCACGAUCGAACAUCGUAGCGCUCUUUGAUCAGCUCUUAUUACUAGCAAAGGGCAGGACCGUCUACUCGGGCCCGUUUGAAAAUUGCCAGGCAUAUUUCGACAACAUUGGCUAUAGCUGCCCACCUGGCUUCAACAUCGCGGAUUAUCUCAUAGACCUCACAAUGCAUGCGAGCGCAGCCAGCCACACCAUUGACGAGGACAGCUCGCUCUUCACUAGGGAUGGCCUCCUUACGAGUGCAAGCAGCGCGAUUGCCGUCAAGUCAAUCCCUAGUAUCAACAACUCAGAGCUUGAGAGAGACUUGGCUGGCAGCCCUAGCAACUCAAGCAUGCGCCCCAGGAACAAGCGGAGGACUUCGAUAAAACAACAACAGGAGCGCGAGCUAUUCACUAGGAAGAAGAGCUCUGCUGUUGUAGAUGGUACGAUGUCCCCCAAGACCGACGAUGAAGCUCCCUAUGAUCGUCGAGGUGCUAUCAAGGCCCAGUGGCUGAAGCUUACCCGUCAACAAGGUGGUGUGCCUCCUCAGAUCCUGGAGGAUCCGGACGAACCUCCUCCUCUAGCCAACGGCAGUACCGGGACCAACUUGGAUAUCCUGAUUACCGCAUACGCCUCGUCCGAUGUCGCUGCCGGUAUCCGUGAAGAUAUUGCCAGCUCAGUUGCGAGCGCGAACCAAGCCAACGGCACGAACGUAACUCAAGGGGCAAAUGGCUUCGUAGCAGCCGGCAAGCUGAAGGGCUUCCGAAAAGUCGGUCUAUUGGGCCAAUUCACCAUCCUAUCGAGGCGUACCUGGCGCAACCUGUACCGCAACCCAAUGCUCAUGCUCACACACUACGCCAUCGCCAUCGUACUAGCUGUCUUCCUCGGCUUCUUGUUCUACGGCCUUACAGACGACAUCAAGGGCUUCCAGAACCGUCUAGGUCUGUUCCUGUUCGUCCUGUCACUUUUCGGUUUCAGCAGCUUGACAAUCCUCACCGUGUUUGCUCCUGAACGGCUACUCUUUACCCGCGAGCGCGCGAAGGGCUACUACUCCCCUCCCUCGUACUUCGCCGCCAAGGUCCUGUUCGACAUCAUUCCCCUGCGCCUACUUCCACCCAUGAUCCUUGGCAUGAUUGUGUACCCGAUGACUGGCCUGGUUCCCGCCUGGCCGAAUUUCCUCAAGUUCACCUUGUUCCUGGUGCUUUUCAACCUUGCCGCCGCGGCCAUCUUCUUGUUCAUCGGAAUCGUGUUCCGCAACUCGGGCGUGGCGAAUUUGAUCGGUGUGCUUGUCAUGCUGUUCAGCCUGUUGUUCUCGGGUUUUUUCCUGAACCAGGAGAGUAUCCCUGCGGUGGCCAAGUGGCUACAGUCGUUGUCCAUUUUCCACUACGCCUUCGAAGGCCUCAUCGUCAAUGAAGUCAAGUAUCUCUCUCUCAUCGACCACAAAUAUGGACUCGACAUUGAAGUCCCCGGUUCUGCGAUUCUUAGCUCCUUUGGCUUCAACACACAAGCCUUGUGGAAGGACUGCAUCGGUCUUGCCGUCUUCGGUGGCUCGUUUGUCCUUCUUGCGUAUCUGGCUAUGCACCUCCUUCUCGUCGAGAAGCGGUAG